AUGGGAAGAACUCUUAUGGAUUCAAAGAAGAACGAGAUCAAGUUUCGUGUCAAUGAUGAAGAGGAGACGUUUCAGGCUAGCAAGGGAAUAAAGCUACCGAGUGCUUACAAAAGUAUUUCGGUUAUUGAUGUGAUAGAUAAGGCUGUUGAUUUUAAAAUGGAUGAAGAGCGUUUAGACAAAGAGGUUGUUGAAGAUUCUGAGAGACUCGAGGAGGAUAGCACACCGAAUGUUGAACAUCAGAGGAGAUUGAAUCCACCCAUGCAAGAGGUGGUCAAGAAAGAGAUUAUCAAGUGGUUAGAUGCUGGAGUUUUUUAUUCUAUUAUAGAUAGUAAAUGGGUGAGACCGGUUCAAUGUGUUCCAAAGAAGGGAGAUAUUAUAGAGAUGCUUGAUCAGGUGGGGGGAAGGCCAUACUACUGCUUCCUAGAUGGGUAUUCCGGCUAUAACCAAAUUAAUAUUGCUCUUGAAGACCAGGAGAAGACUACUUUCACUUGUUCUUAUGGGACAUUUUCCUUGAGCAGGAUGUCGUUUGGUGUUUGUAAUGCACCGGUUAUGUUUCAGCAGUGUAUGAUGUCUAUUUUCUCAGAUAAGGUUGAGGACUUCUUAGAGGUCUUCAUGGAUGAUUUUUUUAGUUGUGGGUGA